CCGGGAAGGUCGCCGCGGUGACUCCGCCAUGUUGUCCGUGGCCGCCCGCGCCGGGCCCUUCGCGCCCUUCGUGUCCGCCGCGGCCCACGCCGUGCCCAGCCCGCUCCGGCCGCUCGCCCCGGCGGCCGCAAGGAGCCAGCAAAAAGUGCCGCUCGACCCCAAGCGGCCCUUGCUCUGCCGGGAAUCUCUGAGCGGCCGCGCCGCCCGCGGGGGGCUCGUCGCCAGCGCCAGCCUGAACGGGGCAUUCCUAUAUUCCUGGGAAAGGGCAGUGCCUCGGAGAAGAUGCUCGGUAGCAUUAGUGCCACAGGCUUCACCUGACCCCAUAAAGGCCCCUGCCAGUGUUCGCUGUGUCCACAACGAUGUCGCAGUCCCUGACUUCUCUGCCUAUCGCCGCCAGGACGUGCAAGAUCCCGCUGCGUCUUCCCAGGGCAGCAGUGAUUCUAGGAAAGGCUUUUCCUACCUGAUGACUGCAACGACAUGUGUAGCAACUGCCUACGCUGCCAAGAAUGUUGUCACCCAGUUCAUUUCCAGCCUGAGUGCCUCUGCUGAUGUGCUAGCCUUGUCAAAGAUCGAGAUCAAGUUAUCUGACAUUCCAGAAGGCAAGAACAUGGCUUUCAAGUGGAGAGGGAAGCCCCUGUUUGUGCGCCACAGAACCCAGGCAGAGAUUAAACAGGAAGCUGAAGUUGAUUUGGCUCAACUGAGGGAUCCGCAGCAUGACUUAGACAGAGUGAAGAAGCCCGAGUGGGUGAUCCUGAUAGGUGUGUGCACCCACCUGGGCUGUGUGCCCAUUGCCAACUCCGGGGAUUUCGGUGGGUAUUACUGCCCCUGCCACGGCUCCCACUAUGACGCCUCUGGCAGGAUCAGGAAAGGUCCCGCUCCCUUAAACCUUGAGGUUCCAACUUACCAGUUUGUUGGUGAUGACAUGGUGGUGGUUGGCUGAGAGACGAGGUGCCUGCUCACUCCCAUGCUCCUGUGAAUGUACAAAAGGGUUACCUGAGGCUCUGGCACACUGUAAAACCUAAAUCCUAACGAGAUUAGCUGUCUAGGUUCUCAACCAGAACUAUGUUCGAAUACUUGCCUGUGUUCAAUUUUAAUAAAAUCUUGGAGUGAGCACUUGUUCCUGA